UGCAAGUGCAGCCUCAUCGAUUGAUCAACCCAGCCCACCAAAGCUACUAUAUUAUUCCUCCGUGUUUGCAAAGAGAACCAGAGAGCCAUGGGAAUCAUAAGCAAGGUGCUCAUGUGUGUACUCAUGCUAGGACUAGUACUGCAACUCGCCCAAGUAGAGGGCAAGAGUUGCUGCAAGAACACCGCCGCAAGACUCUGCUACAACACCUGUCGUUUCCCAACGCCCAAACCACCACGGGAAGUCUGUGCAAGCCUAUGUGGCUGUAUAAUUCAAAAGGAACCAAUAUGCAAACCCCCUUAUCCCAGUUUUAAUUUGUUCCGCGACUCCGAGGAACCAGUCAGCAUUCAGUACUGCAGCAUGGGGUGUAGGUCUUCCGUGUGUGCCAACAUGAGCAUCAACGACGUUGACGGCAGCAACGGGAUGGAAACAAUUGUGGAACGUUGUGGCCAAGGUUGUGACCAAUUCUGCAAAGGGUAUGCCAGCAUCGAGUCAUCAGUUGAUGCCUAAUCAUGCAUAUGCGCGUAUGCACUGUGAUUUCAUGUCCAAGGCCAAGGGCACGUUGCUCCUUUAAUUUGUGUUCAAUAAAACUUGGAUAUCAUGGAUCGAUUUUAUCCAAGCCACUGUGUUGCCGGUUUUAUGUAUGUGUUUGUUUUUCCUUCUUUUGUCCAAUAAAGGUCAUCAUGAUGGAUGCCAUGUUCUUGUUGCAAUGUCGUCCUGUCAUAAUCGGGAUGUAAUGAUGUAUGUGUUCUAUCCUUGGACCAUGAAUAAACAAUAUAAGUAUAUACUUCAUUUGUGUAA